AUGCAGAAUUGCGAUAUCACAUUGCCGAGAAGAACGAAAUUCGACUCGGUGAAAUUAGUACACGUCAAGCGAGAUUUUAACCAGGCGGCAGACUAUCUGACCUCCAAAACGUUGUUGCUCGGAAGAUCCUGGCGUGUCCAGGAGGACGAUGAGCGUCAACACCUGAAACAAGAGAAGUUGAGGAAGUCAUUAGAGCCUCACCCAUUCGAAGAUCAUUCAGGGCUGGAGGUCAUACAGAAUGAAGGAAAUCGUUUAGACAUUCCUGGAUGUCCCCAUGUCCUGGGUGCCAUGGCAGCUCCGUUGCCGUAUGCGGCCAAAAUCUUGGUUGCCGUGACACGAGCUAGUGACCGAGGCAGACCGGCAUCAUCGGAACCACUCGAUCCUGUGGAAUAUCAACGUGUGAGAUGGCGGGGGAUCAAGGUGAACCAGGAACAACACGCAUACUUCCUCAAUGGAGAAGUUGAUCGUUUCGCACCUCGCCAGUUGCGAAAAAUCGCCAAGGUCGUAGGGUUAUUUGCCAUGGACGCCCGUGGUGUGCUGUACCGGUUGGCUCAGUCUACACGCGGUAGACUUCGGGACGCCCAUGAUGAACGGCGUCUGGUGGUGUCAACAAACCUGAGGGAAGCCAUCCUGCACUAUACGCAUGAGGAUGUUCAGGGCGGACACCAGGGCGUCAAACGAACUCAUGAGAAGUUGCGUUCUGAAUGUUACUGGCCCGGGAGGUAUGCAGAUGUGGAACGACAUGUCAAGGAGUGUAUUGAUUGUGCAAGUACCCAUCCAACCCUGGCCCAUCUCUGGAAAUAUCGAGCCAAGACGACUAUUUGA